AUGCGACUUUCGAAGAGCGCCUCCUCGUCGGGGGCUUCUCAGGGGCGCGUGCGGCCGUGCUCUUCUUAUUCGCGGACGUCGCGGGCGCCAGAGGACGCCCUGGAGCUCCCUGUGUGGCAGUAUGUCUUCCUGCGGCGAGCCGCGGUUCGCGACAGGGUGCAGUCGCGCUGGUUUCGGGACGUGUUGGCCUCGUACAGCUCGGUUGCCGAAGAAAACGUGCAUCUGCUUGUUGCCAACGCCUCCGCGUUGUCGCCCUUCGCGUCCGGCGCCGGUCUGCAGGUCCCACCCUUCGGCCCUCGCCCGUUCGAUGGCGGUCCCCCCGCAAGUUCGAGUCGCACCUCGCCUCGCGUGAAGGGCUCCGACGCCCCCAGCCCCGGCGCGCUCGAGGCCGGCGCGCAGGAGGAGGCCGCUGGAGGCGUCGACAUGGGACGCGUGAUCGGCGCGCUUGAAAUCCGCCUCGCGGAGACUUUGCGGCGGAUGGAUGCGGCCGAGGGGAGCGCAGCGGCGCUGACUGCGAAGCUCGAGCAAACGCGAAACCAGCUGGAGGAGAAAGUUCUUGAGAGCGACGUACUGCGGCGGCUGGUUGGCGAGCGCGAAGAAGAGCUGGGGGACCGCGAAGCGGAGCUCGGGGAGGCCCGGAAGGCCUGCGCGUUUCUGCAGAACGAGAGAAGCCAGUUGCAGGCUGCGCUGCAAAUGGCGCAGCAAGAAGUGAUGGAAAAGGCUCUCGAGAACGAGCGCUAUCUCAGGGAGCUCUUGAGGUAUAAGGAGGCAGAGGCGACGCGCCUGAAUGAGAUGCAGCAGCUGUACGUCUCCAUCAUGGAGAAGCAGAAGAAGCGUGAACCGGAGUCGCGCGGAAGAUCUGCAGCGGGUGGAGAGGAGGAGGAAGCGCGACGCGCACUUCUUCUCCUCUCGAGUCUCGAGCGGGCCGCGUCCCCAGGAGACGCCGGCGCACCAGUCUCCCCGCAGGACAGCGGCGAGCAGGGGCCUCCACACUGCGCGCACAGCUCACACAGCCACGACGCCUCUUCGCCAGCCGCAGGUGGCGCCAGCAGGGACGGCAGAAGCGAACCUAGAAGCGGGGGUUCGGGCAUCAGCACUCUCACGCAGCUCCUGUCCCUGUCUGCGAGCUGGGGCCGAGCGAAGGCCCCGGUGUCAGACUCUCAAACGAGUUCCUCAAGCCAGGGAACGACCUCAACAAGCUCUCCGAAGCCAGUGGCGGGCGCGGGUGGGGGAGGAUUCCUCGCGAGGGACGGCUCGGGUUCGGCCGCUGCGGGCGGGUCGUCCGGUCCCGCCUCCUCGACGCGGCGGAUUCCGUCGUUCGGGGGCGCGCACGGAGCGACAGACCCCGAUCGACCUCAAGGGAAGAGAGGAGGCGAGCCUGGGUCUGAGACACCACUCCCGUCGGCGAGGUUGGAAGGCGACACCGCCCUCGACUGCGCACGACGAGACUGGGAUUCGUGCCGUCCGCCCACGCGCGUUCACAAGUCGCUUCUGGCUCACCGCGGGAGUGUGCAUGCGUGCUGUGCGGUGCCGCACGUCUGGGGUGCGGAGGCUUUGCCUUUCCAGCGCGGGCCGCGGCUUUUCGAAAAGGGUUUGGGCUGCGCCGAUCACGAGCUGCUUCUGACCUGUGGUCAGGACGGUUUUCUGGCGCUUGUGGACGCUACGGCCCCGGCGCUGCUGUACUCGUUUCUCGUCUCGCCAUCCAAGGCGCCGCUCCUCUGCGUUGAUGCGGUGCCGGAUCAGCGCAUUGCGCUCGUCGCCGCAGCAGACGUGAGCCUGUAUACUGUCAACGCGUGCAGUCAGCGGGUAGUUUCGACGCUGAAGGGACAUAGCGGACGCAUCACUGCGUGCGGCUUUCUGCGUUCUGUCGCGCACUCCCAGACACCCGGGAAGGGCUCUGCGGCGAGGGGCCUCGGCGGCGCCGGCGCGCUCAUGACCGGCGCCGGCGGCCCGAAUUCGGCGACGCUAUGGAGUUGCAGCCUAGACAGAACAGUGCGCCUCUGGGACGCGCGGCGAAGCGCGUGCGUCAAGACAACCAGUUUGAACAGUGCAGUGACUAUGGGCGCCGUUUCUCCAGAUGGAGAGUGGCUGGCGACUGCUCAUCAGAACGGCAGCGUGUCUCUGUUGAACGUCCGCACAGAAAAGUGUGCACGCGUUGCCUCUCUCCAGCUGCACGAGGACGCGGCGACCGGAGUCGCAUUCGACCCUAGGGGAUGUCUCCUUGCGACGCAGGGGAAAGACAACCAGGUGAAAAUUGUCGAUGUGCGAAUGUGGAAGGAACUCACAAUUCUGCUCCAUAUCGAAAUGCGGUACAAUCUCAUUCAGACUUCGCCGGUCUUCUCAAGGGGAGAAGGAGCCUUCGUCGCAGCAGCCGCAGGUCCGCACGUCUGCUGUUGGGCUUUGCAGAAUGACGCUUCAGCCUGGGGGGUCACAGGGCCUGGGAUGAUGGCAGGCCACGGCGCCGGCGUUCAGGCGAUGCAGGCAGGACGCACCGGCGGGUUGCGUAGAGAGAGAGCAUCUGAAGCGCGGCCAGAAGUCGUCCUGCGGACUCAAAUGACAGAUGUGACCUGCCUCAACUGGCAGCUUCGCAGGGGGCUCGUAACAGGGGGCAGGGACGGAUCUGUCGUACUAUGGGAGCACGAGUAG